AUGAAUGCGUCUCCUUCAUGUUCAUUCCGUGUCGUGUUUCGUUUCCGGAAAAUUAUUUCUGCCUCUGUGAAUCGAAUAAAACCUGCAAUCCGAAGAGUAUACGGGGCGGGGGGUGGGGAAGUUUAUUCGUUGGUUUUCGCUCGUAAUCAGACACCUAUAGGAUCGUUCGAAUUUCCUCGGCUUCUAAUUUUAAAAUCUGUAUUUGUUUUUUCUCUCUCAAUCUGUCUCUCGUUAAUUCUCUCUUUUCUCUCUUUCAUUCUCGGUAAUUGUCUCUUUAUUUUUUCUCUCUUUAUUUUUCCCUUCUUUCUUUUAAUCUAUCUUUUACUCUCUUUUCUCUCCUUUUUUAAUCUCUUCGUCUUUUUAUUAUUUCUCUCUCUCUCUUUCUUUCUCUCUUUCAUUCUUCUCUAUUUUUUUCUCUCUUUUCACUUUCUCUUUUCCUUUUCGUCUUUUACUAUAUUUCUCUCCUUUUCAGUCUCUUCGUCUUUGACUGUUUCUUUCUCUCUCUCACACACACACUCUCUCUCUCACACUCUCUCUUUCAUUCACUGUAAUUGUCUCUUUAUUUUUUCCCUUUCAGUCACUUUCUCUUUUCUCUUCUCUCUUUUAUUAUUUCUCUCUUUUCUCUCUCUCUCUCUUUCUCUCUCUCUCUUCUCUCUUUCAUUCUCUGUAAUUGUCUCUUUAUUUUUUCUCUCUUUCAAUCACUUUCUCUUUUCCCUUCUUUCUUUUAUUAUUUAUCUCUAUCUUUUACUCUAUUUCUCUCGCUUUUUCAUUCUCUUCGUCUUGUUGACAGUUUCUCUCUCUCUCUCUCUCUUUUCUCUUUCAUUCUCUGCAAUUGUCUCAUUAUUUUUUCUCUCUUUCAGUCACUUUCGCUUUUCCCUUUAUUUUAUUAUUUCUCUCUAUCUUUUACUCUAUUUCUUUAUCCUUUUCUAUCUCUUCGUCCUGUUGACAGUUUCUUUCUCUCUCUCUCUCUCUCUCUCUCUCUCUCUUCUCUCUUUCGUUCUCUGUAAUUGCCUCUUUAUUUUUUUCUCUCUUUCAGUCACUUUCUCUUUUCCCUUCUUUCUUUUAUUAUUUCUCUCUUUUACUCUCUUUCUCUCUCUUUUUCAAUCUCUUCGUCUUGUUCACAGUUUCUUUAUCUCUUCACUCUCUCUUUUCCAUUCUUCUUUCUCCUUUUAUUUCUCACUAUUUUUAAUCUCUUUCUCUCUCCUUUUCAUUCUGUCCGUCUUGUUGAGAGUUCCUUUCUCUCUCUUUCUCUCUCUCUUUUUAUUUAUUGCUCUCUUUUUCUCUCCUUCUUCCUCAUGUCUCUUUAUUUUACUCUCUUUCAGUCUCUUUCUCUUUUCCCUUUUUUUCUCUUUUUAUUUCUUUCUUUGUCUCUCUUUCCUUUUCAUUCUCUUCGUCUUAUUAACAGUAACUUUCUCUUUCUUUCUUUCUUUCUUUCUUUCCUUCUUUCUUUCUUUCUCUCUCUCUCUCUCUCUCUCUCUUUAUCGUUCUCUCUUUUCUCUCCUCUCGCUUCUCUUUUCCCCUCUACUUUCUUUCUCCUUUUAUUUCUCUUUAUCUUUUCCUCUGUUCCUCUCUCCUUUUCAUUCUCUUCAUCUUAGUUACCGCUUCUUUCUCGGUCUCUUUGUUCUCACUUUCUUUCUCUGUAAUUGUCUCUUUAUUUCUCUCUCUCUCUCUCUCUCUCUCUCUCUCUCGCAGUCUUUUUCUCUUUUCCCUUCUUUUUUCUCCUUUUAUUUCUCUCAAUCCUUCACGUUAUUUCUCUCUCUUUUUCAAUCUCUCCCGUAG